GUAACCGAGCGCCCGACACACACAAACGCCGGGGCCCCGGGGCCUUUUGGCUGGAUCUGCGCCGCCGCUGUCUGGCUUGGCUGUUCUUAUUGAAAACUAUCUUGGCUUGGAUUGAGUUCACUCCCUGACCUUGAUGGCGAAGUGACUGCCUGUGGCUUGCUGCAGGGUUUCAUCUACUUAAUGCUGCCCCAACAUGUCUGCUGAAGAUGAUCAGUCAUCAAGAGGAACAUCACCCCUUCGCUCUGCCACAACGUCCCAGAAUUCCACACAGACCAUAUCUUCGGAGGAGGAGAUCGAGGAAGGAGAGUGUUCAGAGAAAGACGAUCUAUUUCCUGAAGAGGAAGAGUAUCUGGAAGAGGAGGAAUAUCUGGAGGAAGACAACCAGCUGGAGGAGGAAAAGUUGCUGAAGGGGAAGGCGUACCUGUAUGGAGAGGGGUAUGCGAAGGCGGGAGAGCAUCUACAGGAGGAAAAGGACCUGGGAGAAGAGUAUCUGUUGGGAAAGUAUCUGGAAGACGAAUUCAAUAUGAUGUAUUCAUGGAAAAGCCUGCCUAUCCUUACAAGGGAACCCGCUCAGGGGACCACCUUCUACGCCGCCCCUCCUUUCAUCUCUGAAUUGUCCCACGAGUCUCCAUACCAUGAUGCGAUGCCUUCCACAUCCUCCGUGCAGCAAGAUGGAGAACUUCUGGCCUGGCAUGACGAGAGCACGCAGACAGAAUGGAUCUAUGAGACACCUGCAAAAUCAAAAUCAAAACUAAAACUCUCCACAACCACACUAACCACUGAGAAGUCAGAUUUGGAAGUGUAUGCUACCCCUGACGUGGCUCAUGAGGAGGAAAGCGCUCCCAGCAGCAGCUACUGCUACUAA